AUGGAUUCUACCACGGCGACGGCUGAGCUGGGCUGGAUGGUGCAUCCCCCAUCAGGGUGGGAAGAGGUGAGCGGCUACGAUGAGAACAUGAACACUAUCCGCACCUACCAGGUGUGUAAUGUCUUUGAGUCAAGCCAGAACAACUGGCUGCGGACCAAAUUCAUCCGGCGCCGUGGUGCCCACCGCAUCCACGUGGAGAUGAAGUUCUCAGUGCGGGACUGUAGCAGCAUUCCCAGCGUGCCGGGCUCCUGCAAGGAGACCUUCAACCUCUACUACUAUGAGGCUGACUUUGACUUAGCUACCAAGACCUUCCCCAACUGGAUGGAGAACCCAUGGGUGAAGGUAGACACCAUUGCAGCAGAUGAAAGCUUCUCCCAAGUGGACCUGGGUGGCCGCGUCAUGAAAAUCAACACCGAGGUGCGAAGCUUUGGUCCCGUGUCCCGCAACGGCUUCUACCUGGCCUUCCAGGACUACGGUGGCUGUAUGUCCCUCAUUGCUGUGCGUGUAUUCUACCGAAAGUGCCCCAGAGUCAUCCAGAACGGUGCCAUCUUCCAGGAGACACUGUCAGGGGCUGAGAGCACUUCCCUGGUGGCUGCUCGGGGCAGCUGCAUCCCCAAUGCUGAAGAAGUGGACGUGCCCAUCAAACUCUACUGUAAUGGAGAUGGCGAAUGGCUGGUGCCCAUCGGUCGCUGCAUGUGCAAGGCAGGCUUCGAAGCUGUGGAGAAUGGCACCGUCUGCAGAGGUUGUCCAUCAGGAACCUUCAAGGCCAACCAGGGGGAUGAGGCCUGUACCCACUGUCCUAUCAACAGCCGAACCACCUCCGAGGGCGCCACCAACUGUGUAUGCCGCAACGGCUACUACAGGGCUGACCUGGACCCCGUAGACAUGCCUUGCACAACCAUCCCCUCUGCGCCCCAGGCUGUGAUCUCCAGCGUCAACGAGACGUCCCUCAUGCUGGAGUGGACCCCACCGCGAGACUCAGGGGGCCGUGAGGACCUUGUCUACAACAUCAUCUGCAAGAGCUGUGGCUCGGGCCGGGGUGCCUGCACCCGCUGUGGGGACAACGUGCAGUAUGCGCCCCGCCAGCUGGGCCUGACCGAGCCACGCAUCUACAUCAGUGACCUGCUGGCACACACGCAGUACACCUUCGAGAUCCAGGCUGUAAAUGGGGUCACUGACCAGAGCCCUUUCUCACCCCAAUUCGCCUCCGUGAACAUCACCACCAACCAAGCAGCACCAUCGGCCGUGUCUAUCAUGCAUCAGGUGAGCCGCACCGUGGACAGCAUCACCCUGUCAUGGUCCCAGCCAGACCAGCCCAAUGGUGUGAUUCUGGACUACGAACUACAGUAUUAUGAGAAGGAGCUCAGUGAGUACAACGCCACAGCCAUAAAAAGCCCCACCAACACGGUCACAGUGCAGGGCCUCAAAGCCGGCGCCAUCUAUGUCUUCCAGGUGCGGGCACGCACCGUUGCAGGCUAUGGGCGCUACAGUGGCAAGAUGUACUUCCAAACCAUGACAGAAGCCGAGUACCAGACCAGCAUCAAGGAAAAGCUGCCUCUCAUCGUUGGCUCCUCCGCUGCUGGCUUAGUCUUCCUCAUCGCCGUGGUCGUCAUUGCCAUCGUAUGUACCAGACGGGGGUUUGAGCGUGCCGACUCAGAGUACACCGACAAGCUGCAGCACUACACCAGUGGCCACAUGACCCCAGGCAUGAAGAUCUAUAUUGACCCUUUCACCUAUGAAGACCCUAAUGAGGCAGUGCGGGAGUUUGCCAAGGAAAUUGACAUCUCCUGUGUCAAGAUUGAGCAGGUGAUUGGAGCAGGGGAGUUUGGUGAGGUCUGCAGUGGCCAUUUGAAGCUGCCAGGCAAGAGAGAGAUCUUUGUAGCUAUCAAGACCCUCAAGUCAGGCUACACGGAGAAGCAGCGCCGGGACUUCCUGAGUGAGGCAUCCAUCAUGGGCCAGUUCGACCACCCCAACGUCAUCCAUCUGGAAGGGGUUGUCACCAAGAGCACGCCUGUCAUGAUCAUCACUGAGUUCAUGGAGAACGGUUCCCUGGACUCCUUCCUCCGGCAAAAUGAUGGGCAGUUCACAGUCAUCCAGCUGGUGGGCAUGCUUCGGGGCAUCGCAGCUGGCAUGAAGUACCUGGCAGACAUGAACUAUGUACACCGGGACCUCGCCGCACGCAACAUCCUCGUCAACAGCAACCUGGUUUGCAAGGUGUCUGACUUCGGGCUCUCACGCUUCCUGGAGGACGACACCUCUGACCCCACCUAUACCAGUGCUCUGGGUGGGAAGAUCCCCAUCCGCUGGACAGCACCGGAAGCCAUCCAGUACCGGAAGUUCACCUCAGCCAGCGAUGUGUGGAGCUAUGGCAUUGUUAUGUGGGAGGUGAUGUCCUACGGGGAACGGCCCUACUGGGACAUGACCAACCAGGACGUAAUCAAUGCUAUUGAACAGGACUACCGGCUACCUCCGCCCAUGGACUGCCCGAGCGCCCUACACCAGCUCAUGCUGGACUGCUGGCAGAAGGACCGCAACCAUCGGCCCAAGUUCGGACAAAUUGUCAACACACUGGACAAGAUGAUCCGAAACCCCAACAGCCUCAAAGCCAUGGCACCACUAUCCUCUGGCAUCAACCUGCCUCUGCUGGACCGAACCAUCCCUGACUACACCAGCUUUAACACGGUGGAUGAGUGGCUGGAAGCCAUCAAGAUGGGCCAGUACAAGGAGAGCUUCGCCAACGCAGGCUUCACCUCCUUUGACGCUGUGUCUCAGAUGAUGAUGGAGGACAUUCUCCGGGUUGGGGUCACCCUAGCUGGCCACCAGAAAAAAAUCCUGAACAGUAUCCAGGUGAUGCGGGCCCAGAUGAACCAGAUCCAGUCUGUGGAGGUUUGA